AUGCAUUUUGCACUUCCUCCUCGCAAGACAUCGCAACCGCCUCCGUACGCCAGAGCCUCUCGCAAGACUUCAUACUUUAGACAGCAACAGUUGAGGCUUGUUGGAUAUAUUGUCUGCGGCAUCCUCACAAUCUACCUACUGUUUCAUUACGUUUCCUUCUCAGAUGCAUUGGUGGAGUCCGCACCUCCUGGUACACCACCCGUCGUGAUUGUCACAGUCCUAGACGAACAGCACAUGAGUGAUGAAUAUAUCACAAACAUUAGAGCUAAUCGCAAAGACUAUGCGGCGCGUCAAGGCUACGAGAACUUCUUUACCAGCGUUGCCAACUACACCCGCUACACAGAACCGUCACCCUCUUCAUGGACCCUGAUUCCUGCUCUCCGCCACGCCCUCACGAAAUACCCGCACAGCACCCAUUUCUUCUCCCUCUCACCCUACGCUCUAAUCAUGUCACCCUCUCUUUCGCUUGAGGAACAUGUUCUUGCACCUGCUAAACUCGAAUCUGUUAUGCGAAAAGAUGUACCCGUUGUCCCUCCCGAUUCUGUCAUACAUACUUUCAGCCAUUUGAAGGGCAACAAAGUGGACCUUGUUCUGACGCAAGACACGGAAAAUCUGGGCCACGGUAGCUUUAUCUUGAGAAGAGGGGAAUGGGCCAAAUUCUUCCUUGAUACAUGGUUCAAUCCGCUGUAUCGUACAUACAAUUUUCAAAAAGCAGAAGGACAUGCUCUAGAGCAUAUUGUGCAAUGGCAUCCCACCAUUCUAGCGAAGAUGGCUCUGGUACCACAACGACUCAUGAAUAGUUAUAGCGUUGAUGUUCGUCCUGCCCAGGGCAAAGACAAUGAUCAACUCCAAACACACAACGCCUUGUUUCAAGAUGGGGAUCUAUUGGUUCACUUCUAUGGCUGCAGAGCGGCACCCGAGAGGGACUGUGAAAGGGAAAUGAAGCCAUAUUAUGAAGAUUGGCAGAGAGAAGUCCAGAGAUUGGAUGACCCCAAGAUUCCGAGGCCAAGGAACGCCUUUAUUCUUUACCGCCAGCAUCACCAGGCCGCUGUUGUCGCAAAGCAUCCAGGGCUUCCCAAUCCUGAAAUAUCUAAGAUUAUUGGAGAGGAGUGGAGAGCACUUCCUACAAAGACCAAAAACCAGUGGAAAGCUCUUGCAGAAGAGGAAAAGCUUCGGCACCAACAGCAGUACCCAGAUUACCGCUAUCAACCACGAAGAUUUGGACGCAACGGCAAUCCGCAGACUAUAUCUACCAUCAAUUCAACUGGACCAAGUGGGAAUUGUCUUCGCUGCGGCGGCAAAACCAUGAAUCCACCUGUGACGCCCAAUACGCCUCUGUUCCCGAAUGGAGGUCCUUCCGCAGGCAUGAUCCGCUCACCUUCUACCGUCAACACUGUCGCGGGCCAGCCAUCGCGGCGACCCCAUCCACUAGCACAUGCAAAUCUUCACCGUCAAGUACCUUACACGGUCUCCAGUCCACCCCCACCUGGGUCCGCACUGGCGCGCGUUCGGCCAUUUAGCGAAGUCUUUGCUGGUGGUGUGCCUCCAUCCAUGUCAGAGGCAGAAUACCGAGCUCGCUUUGCCAAACAGCCCAUGUCGCCAGAUCCCAAGCGCAGACGCUUCAAUGGACCCGGGGUGAUGGUCCCACCUCGAGGAGCAGAUCUGACCAGUCCGACCGCCGCCUAUUCCGGUGGACCUCCUUAUUCGCCACGAAGAGUAUCACUACCUCGACCAGCAGAUGGAGUCAUGCAUCCAGUGCACCAAAGAGCGGUGGCUCAAAGCAAGGCACAACGAUCCAACUAUCCCCCUCAGCAGCCGCGAUAUGCUUCGGUUGAUGUACGGGAUCCCAAUUUGACGCUGGCACCACUGCGAACGCCUAGUUCUGCUGCAGCUUCGGCAGCCUCGACCGGAUCGAAAAGCACGAGCAGUGGAGCCACCGCGGAGGCCCAGAUCAUGUCGAUACCCGCAGUCAACAAACUCCGCUUACUCGCUAAGGCUGCGCCGCCACUCCCCCACCCAGGUGUCAUUCCCACGGCAAAAUCACCUCUCAUGACUUCUCACUCGGAGACUCGAGGAGCAAUACUUGCCAUCGAAGGCUCAGAAGAAGACGUUCGUGUCGUGACUGAUUGGCUUGCCGAGUUUCUGAGGAACGAGAGUGAAGAGUUCAUCGUCCGGGCAUUUCUGGGUCCAGAUAUCAGUAGCGUGAUGGCCGAAGCAAGCGGCGAGGACGAGGCCGACAUGGUGGGAACACAACAGCAAAGAUACCUCAAAACGAUCAGUGAGUGGCAUUGGGUGAGUAAGGAGGUGGUCAAGUUCGUCACGACAGCACCGAAGGCGGGUAUCAGAACUCACAACGCUGAUAGUGGCGCCGAAGAGCGCAGACACAAGGACAGGAACAACCAAGACGAUGGAAUGGAAAUGGACGCGGCCUCCAGCUCCUCACCAACCUCAGCCGUCUCCCCGCGAACCAUCACGCAAACCGAACGACUCAGCCUGAAAAGCCCAAUCACAAUCAACGAUCACGCCCUAAACACCUCCCCUCCACCACCACCGCCACCACCCCCAACAGCCGCCGCACCAACCCCUCCUCCUCCCUCACCAUCACCCACCCACCAGCAAAAUACUCCUCCUAACCAGCCCCAAACCCAAGCCCAAGCCCAGUCCCAGUCCCAGACCUUCCCCAUAGCCCUCCUACCCCGCUACCAACUCUCCACCGUCGACACCGCCUCGCUCACCAUGCCCAUCACCGACUCCUACCUGCCCAUCGACCACUGGCAAUGGGCCGCCGCACUCUGGCGCGGCUGCGUCGGCGCCGACGUCACCAUCGUCAUCCAAGACGACCGAGGCAGCGGGAACUACGGAUCCGCUUCCAGCGUCGGGAGCGGUUCCAACGCGGCGGCGGGGAGCGUGGGGUCCGGGAACGGGAGCGCUGCCGGGUUGAGCGGUGGAGGAGGAGGAGUCGAGGUCAGGCUUGGAGCCGGCGAUGUGCGCGCCGUGAUCGUCAGGAAGGGUGCUGUGGGUGGUGGUGGUGGGGGGGCCGCGAAUGCAGGCGAGAGGAGGGGGGUGGAGCCUGGCGCGUGUUGA